AUGGGUAGUCAGCAAUCUUCAUCUACUGUAACAACAUUAGCUACUACUCAGAAUCAUCGAUUAAAAUCCUAUUCAAAACCAAGAAAAGCAUAUUAUUCAGUAUCAUCAAAAGGUCGUCGACAAUCGAAAGAUAAUUUAAUAAACGAUAAUCACAGUAAAGUUACAGCAACGGAGGAAUUUUCUGUUGAUCAAUUGUAUGAUAUUUAUAUGCAAAAGCAUGCAUUUGAUGAUUUAGCAUUUGCUAUUGAAUUCAAAAGUAUUCCAACUUUUGAUGAAUUAACAUGUACAUCAGCGACUCGAACAAUUGUUGCUUCAAAAAAUCGUUUUCUUAAUAUUUUACCUAUUGAUACUACUCGUGUUAUACUCAAUAUAUUAAAUAAUGAUCCAGCUACAGAUUAUAUCAAUGGAAAUUAUGUUUCAGGAUAUAAUUGUUCAAAGAAAUUUAUUGCGACACAAGGUCCUAAACCUGAUACAUGCGAAGAUUUUUGGCGUAUGAUAUGGGAACUUAAACUUAAAUCUAUAGUUAUGUUAACAAAUACUAUUGAAGGUGCAUCACGAAUGACCAAAUGUCAUAAGUAUUGGCCUGAACUCAAUGAAACAAUUAUUUUUGGAUCGUAUCAAAUUACAUGUAUUGAUACACAAUGUUUAUGUAAUUAUAAAAAACGUUAUUUUCAAUUAACAAAAGUAAGUUGA